CCAAUUCGAAUGUUUCUCUCCCCGUUCUUUAAGAGCCCGAAUUCUAGUUUCGUAAUGCGUUUUGACAAAAUUUAUACUUAAAUCUGACAACAAUUCAGCCGCACUAUGUCUUUUUCCAGUAGGGUAUCUAGCAUCAAACCCUUCAAGUGUUUGCAGCUCAUUCCAAGAGUUAUUUGCAGAGGAAGUGGUAUUCACAGUUCAGCUAAUCAAGUUUUACGAAGACAGAAGUUUGAUACAGUGAAAUUCUGCAAAAGAAAUGCAUCAACACAGAGUAGUGUAUUGGAAACAGUAAAUUACCUGAUAUGGACCCCUGUUUAUCAACCAUUAAGUGUUUUGUUGAGCUGUGCUGCAUACAUUAUUUAUUUCUAUUAUCUUAAAGAAGACCUAUCAAAUGUUGAAUCAAAUUUUAGAAAGAUAAUCUAUGAACAAAUUGAUCCAGGAAACGAAGAGUAUCAGGAAGAGAUUCAUUUACGGAAUUAUAUCAGAUUACGUAUCUAUAACAACCUACCAACAGAUGACUACGAGAAAAGAUUAACACAGCUUGUGAGGGAAAGGAAAGCCAAACAAAGUCAAAGAUUUGAAAGCCAAUGAACUGGGGCAAUGGUAUGACAAUAUGAUACAUAUACAUGUAAAUUAAAUGACUUUCUUUAUACAAAUGUUUUUCUUUACAAUUUUGUAGUACUAAUUUAUUUUGGUAACUUCAGCAUGAACAUAAUAAAUAAAUGUAU